AUGCUAAGUGUGCACCUGCACGCAACUGUUGACGAACAAUAUUGUUUAGAACUGUAUAUGCAUGUUCCGUGGUCUGCGUACCGUUGUAAAAAAACAAUUGGAAGGAGGAAGGAAGGUGUAUUUAGUUCAGAGCAUAAUGGACUCGUUCAAGAAGUUGAACCACCUGAUUUACAGAAACAUAGGGGGGUAGGAGUGGCUUCAAACUUGGUUUUGCUAUAUCCGGUGCUUCUGAAGACAAAAUCAUGUUUUGCUGCAUACUUGUCAGCUCUAGAAACUGAGUCAACACGUCACCAUCAAGUAUCUUGGUCCUUACCCGAAUUUCGCGACUCCGAUACUCAUUAUGAUCAUUUCCUAGAACAGGCGCUGUCAACUGAUGGACAACAAGUCUUUCUUGCACUGCUUCUAAUAGCUCAUAUUCUUCCCUGUACACAAGAUAAAUGA